CAAAAACAAAGCAGGCGUAUAUACACCAGACAACCGUAGUUCAGUGACUUUGCUUUGCUUCUUUCACCACAACAGAUAAUCCAUCCCCAAAUAAUAGCAAUGGCAUCAGUCAUGGCUUCUCAAGUUAUCUUCUUCCCCACCUCAACCCCCAUCAAACCAAACUCCAAAUUCAAACCCUUCUUCUCUCCCACUCCCACUCUCAAAUUCAAUCCCAAAUCCAAUCCCAACCCAAUCCCCAAACUCUCCCUCAGACCCAUCUGCGCCACUCUCACCACAAACCCCCAAACCCUCACUCCCCAAAACCCAUCUCAGCCCCCGUCGGCCCUAACCCACCUCCCCACUCGCACCAUCACCACCCUCUUCGCCCUAACAGUAGCCGCCGUCCGCAGCCUCUCAAUUUCUCUCGUCAAGUUCGGUUCCCAAUUCGGACCCUCCAUCGGAUCCGCCGCCGGACCCCUCUUCUUUGCGGCGCUCAGGGACCGCCCGAGUGGUAAUUUGAAUACCCCUUUGACGGUUGUCGCUGCCGGACUCUCCAAAUGGCUCGACAUCUACAGUGGGGUUUUGAUGGUUAGGGUUUUGCUCAGCUGGUUCCCCAAUAUUCCUUGGGACCGUCAGCCACUUUCGGCGAUUCGGGACCUCUGCGAUCCUUAUUUGAACCUCUUUCGCAAUAUAAUUCCGCCGAUUUUUGAUACCUUGGAUGUUAGCCCCCUCUUGGCCUUCGCAGUUUUGGGAACGCUCGGGUCAAUUCUCAACAACAGUAGAUGAAGUUAUUGAUUCCAAGAGGAAAAUUGGCGGGUUUUGUUGGUGAAUCAGCGGUUUUAAUCAAUUGGGAGUGUUGUGUUAAAGUUAUCGGCAUUCAUAGACCUUUUUCCUUCAACUCCUCCGCUCGGCUGAUAGUCCAAUUCAUAUCAAGGGAACUAUUCAAUGUUUAUGUUGAUGAUAUGUUCAGGUGGCCUUAUCGAUGUUGAGGCAGCAUCCGUCACACCUCCGUGGUGCAUCUGAUGAUCGGUAGAGACGUGCCCGAGAGAUGAAUCUUUUAAUUUGGGUUUUAUGCAGCAAUGAAUGGUUUAGUUCAUGUCUGAGUGCAGAAGCAUGAUGUGGAUGUUACAACCACCUUCUCAUAGAGAUUGUCCAAAAUUUAGAUGUUGAAGCAUUGUUGUUUCUCAAAUGAUGGUGAUUUAUGUUGCUUGUACUAAAAGGAAGCCUCUGCUGUAGACCUGUAAAUGGGUUGGGUUUACUGGGUUUUGGGUUUAACUUGAUCCGUUAAUCUAACGGGUCAUCCGAACCCAACUCGUUAAGCUAACGGGUCAUCUAUUUCAUCCGUUAACAAUUUUUUUUCUU